UAAGAAAGGCUGCCAGAUAAGAGAAUAUAAAGCAAAAGAGCGCAUACCUUAAUUCUGCUCAUCACUCUUUUUCCUUUUAUGGUCUGAUAACUAUUUCCAUAUAGCUAACAAACAGCAGACUUUGAUUCAGUUAUAAUUACUGUCCGUUUGAUUCCUGGGAAAAUAAUUACAAAAUUUUGAAUCUUAUAACAGGUUUAUAGGGUUUUAUGGUCUGAAUCUGCAUCUUGCUCUCAGUAUCGAGAUGGCGAGAGCGGGUGGGAUCACCAACGCGGUGAAUGUGGGAAUUGCAGUGCAAGCAGAUUGGGAGAACCGGGAAUUCAUCUCUCACAUUUCCCUCAAUAUCCGUCGCCUCUUCGAAUUCCUCGUCCAAUUCGAGGCUACAACAAAGAGCAAAUUGGCAUCAUUGAAUGAGAAGCUUGAUACGCUAGAGCGUCGUCUAGAAUUGCUUGAAGUUCAAGUGGGUACUGCAUCAUCCAACCCAUCUCUUUUUGCUACAUGAUGUCCAAGUGGGUACUACAUCAGCCAGCCUAUAUCAUCUUACUACAUUGUGUUUACUGGAUCAUAUUGUUGUAGAGUAAUAGCUUACCCGUAAGCACCACUUGUCUUGCUUGUGAACAGAUUCUGUUAAUCUUGGAAUCCAUUUUAAGAUUAAUAUAUCCAUGUGGUUUCAUACUUUUUUGCUUUA